AUAGUGCAAAACAUCAUGUUAACAUGUGGUGACGAUCCAGCUCAUGGAGACUAUACAUACACAAAUGAAGCUCUAGUCACGUUAGUCGUUACGCGUGUACGAUUCCAAACAAGAAUGGCGACGUACGCCUCCGCUGUUAAAGUCUCCGUUGAGGCACCGAUUGAAAAUCAAAUUCAGGAGAUUACUUAUGAUGGCCAAGAAAUUUACCAAGCACCACUUACAUUGUCAGAGAAUUUGGCUAAAAUAGCCCAGCAGAUUGAUUUUUCCAAGACAGAUGGAGAAGAUGCUACAGAGUUAGAAAAUGGAGAAAAGGCCGAAGAAGAUGUAAAGGAUCCUGCAAACUUUCAAUCAUCUCUUUGGCCAUGGGAUAGUGUCAGAAAUAAGUUGAGGAAUGCUCUAACAGAAGUAUGUGUUUUGGCUGAUGUUCUUGCUGUUGCCAAAGAAAAGAGAUACAUGGUACUUGAUCCAGUUCCACAGGAAAAACCUGAAGAAAAACAUUUGAUUCAAGUGCUUGCUAAAAAGAAAGCAUUAGCUGGUGCAGCACAAGUUUUACUCAUGGGUGCUGAUAGGAUGAAGAGCUGUCAAAACGAAUCAGCUAGAAAUCGUUCAAGUCCAGACUUUCACAUAGAAUUAUUAAGACUUCGACAAAACUGGAGAUUGAAAAAAGUUUCAAACUCAAUUAUUGGAGAUCUAAGUUACCGUACAGCAGGAUCAAAAUACAGUCAAUCUGGAAUGUUUGAAAUUACAAAAGCAGAGGAAGAAGAAAAAAGUUUAACUAGCCCUCCUGGUUCCCCUAAUUCGAGUUUACCUGUACAGCCAACUCCUCCUUCAACUAAAAAUGCUUCUGCAUUACGAGUUACUAUUCCAAGUGAACUUGAAGGAUAUGCCUACAUUGAAGUAUUGUGUAAAAAAGAUCAAGAAGCCCUUUGUAGUGCCAAUCUUAAUUGGUUAAAUACUGGAGCUGGAAAUAAACCUGAUCCAGAUAAAAACUGGCAAGAAAAGCUAGAAGCAGCACAAAACGUCCUAUUUUGUAAAGAAUUGUUCAGUCAACUAGCAAGGGAGGCAGUACAUUUAAGGGCACCUAUUCCACAUAUGGUUGUUGGUAACCGUAUAAUGGCUACAGUUUUUCCAGGCAUUCAGCUCAUUAUUAUUUUACGACAUAGUACUGGAAAUGACAAAAAACCAGUACCACAAAGCACAGAUCAUGAUCACGUUUUGGAACACUCUUUACAUCAGCUAUUAAGAGAAAUGCAUCAUAAAAAUACACACCAUCCAUUUCCACAUCCAUCAUCAGGUCCUCUUGGUCCAAGUAAAAGAAGAUGUUUAGCAGGUCCAACAGCAGCAGAUCGUCAUGAACUUCUUGAAAUGACAAAGAGUCAAACUCUUUUAGAACAAAUUAUUCAACAAGCGCAACAUUUUGUUAUGAGGUCGCGAGCGGAAUAUGUUUUGGAUACCAUAGCAAAAGAAGUUAAAGAUCCACUUAUUGUUACUCAUUGGAAUGCUCUUAAUUCACCUACUCAGUCUAGUGUUAGGAUAAUAAUUUUAACCCAUGGUUAUGACCAAAUAAUGCGAACUUCGUUAGUAGUACACGUUAAUGAAAAAUCGUUAAAAUGCGUCUGUAAGGAUGGCAGAGUUAUGCAUAUGAGUUAUGAGCCACAGGAAUUGCGUAAUCUUUUAAUGUGCCAAAUUAAUCAACAUCAAAUCAGUGCAAUACAGGGUCUUGCAAAAUGUAUGGGUUGGCAAUUUUUGGCCAACAGUCCACAUCUUGGUCUAGGAGCUGUAGAACCAUUAGGAAAUGCCAGUAGUUGUAUACUAGCAUCACCUAUUGGAGACAGAAUGAUAGCUGUAAGGUGUGAGCAAACAGGAAUUCAAGUUUCGAUAGCUCAUUCUCCAAGAAAAGACUUUUUCCCUGGACGAUUAGUACGAGAAAGAAAAUGGGAAAAUCUUGGGGGUUCUUUCAAAGAAGUCAGGUGGGACAAAAUGGAGGGAAAGAAUUUCUUAAAUAAAAUGGAAUUGUUAAUGGCAUCUUUGACUAGCUCGUAAAUAACAGAUUAAAAAGUUAAAGAUAAAUAGAUGAAGUACAACAGGGUGAAGAUUUGAUAUUGGUGAUCAACUUCUGUAACCUCAUAGUGUUUUUAUGUUUGAAUAGAUAAUUGAUAAAAAUCUGAU